GUUGUGUUCCAAAAUACAUAAUACAUUCAAUGGAGGAAAGUCAUAAUUAUGAUAAUCUACUUAUGAUGUUAUUAUCAAAUGAAGGAACCCUUGAUAAAUUUUUUGAUAAAAUUUUUAAUUUCUUACACAGAAAAACUGAUUUUUAUAAAAUUUUGAAAUCAUCAGAUGGUAAAUUUGGGUUCCCCAAAGGAUAUGCAGAAGAACUUGUUAAAGCAGCAUUUACAAGAUAUCAAAUUUUACAAAAUGAAACUGUAAUUACAAAAAGUGAUAAUUAUUCUGAUUAUUUACACAUUGCAGAUCAAACUCAACACAAUAAUGACAUUUUUCCAAGAGAGCUAAAAUCAAAUAAAUAUGAAUUGUUAAAAUUAAAAAAUUUACCAUUAUCUGGUGACUCAAAAAAAGAUCAAAUUGUUUUUCAAAAAUACUCAGAAAGUUAUAAUGGUGCAAUUAGGGAAAAUUAUGUAUGGACCCAAACUAAUGAUGAUAUAGAUGUGAGAGUAUUUAUUGAGCCAACCAUAAUGUCACAAAAAGAUAUAUCUAUAAAAAUUGAUAAUAAUUACAUUGAAAUUAAAACAUUAAUAAAAACGUUAAUUUCAGGGUUCUUUCAUGCAUUAAUUAAAAAGGCAGAAUCUUUUUGGAGCAUUAUACCUGGAGAUCAUAUUCAUGUAAAUUUGGAAAAGAUGGUACCAAGAAUGUGGCCUAACCUAUUGCAAAAUGAAAAAAGUAUAAGUCUCGGGGAUUUGGAAUUAUCGCAAAACAUGGAAGAUCUUCCCGAGGAUGAGCAAAAUACGGUCCAAAGACUUGUUUACGACGAACAACAGAAAGUUAUGGGCAAACCCACCUCUCAACAAAUGGUCAUGGCAGAUAAAUUAAAAGAAGCGUGGAACAAACCAGGCUCACCUUUUUUAGGACAACCAUUUGAUAUAAGCAAAGUUAAUAUAAGUGGAUCAUACACAAAUGAAUAAUAUUAAAAAAAUAUAUUUAUUUAAAUAUGUAUCAUUUUUAUUAUUGUAUAAUAUAAAA